AAAACUUGAAUUUUAAUAUUAUUUUUUUUGGGUGUACGAUAAUUGUUCCGAAAGUACGAUAAUUUCACGGCACUUUGUCGAUCAGACGGGCAAAAAUUUCUGGUAACACUGAUUAAACGUCAUUCGUUCUAUCGUCAGAGUCAUUUUAUUAUUAUUCUCUUUGCCGUCAACUGAGUGUUGUGUUCAGUGUUAUAAGAUUAUACUUUUCGAGAACUAGUAUAAUUUAAUUAAAUAAACUUUCAGGCCUGUUUUUUUAUUUUCUUUUUAUUAUUCUUUUUUCUUUCAUAAAUAUAAAUACUUAGGUGAGUUGGUAAUAUUUCAACGAUGACUGAAGAUUUAGCACCUGUUAAAGAAGAAGAUUUCAGGCAAUUAAAAGAAAGGAUGACAUUAAUUGCGGAUGCUGACCCCUUGCAAUAUCACAAUGAUUAUUCUUUAAAACGAUAUUUAAGAGCUUUUAAAACGGUUGAUAAUGCUUUCCAGGCAAUUUUAAAAACCAAUAAAUGGAGGGUGGAAUAUGGAGUAGCAAAUCUUCAUGAAAAUAAGGAACUGAUUGAAAAAUAUGCCAAUAAGGCCAGAGUACUUCGACAUAGAGAUAUUAUUGGGAGACCUAUUGUUUACAUUCCAGCCAAGAACCACAGCUCCAAUGAUAGAAAUAUUGAUGACCUCACUAAGUUUAUUGUUUAUUGCUUGGAGGAUGCAAGCAAGAAAUGUUUUGAAGAGGUAGUGGAUAACUUAUGCAUAGUAUUUGACUUGAACAAUUUUACAUUGUCAUGUAUGGACUAUCAGGUCCUUAAAAAUUUGAUUUGGCUCUUAAGCAGACAUUAUCCAGAAAGACUGGGUAUUUGCCUUAUUAUAAAUGCACCUACCUUCUUUUCUGGCUGUUGGGCAGUUAUAAAAGGAUGGCUUGAUGAAAAUACUGCAGGAAAAGUGAUAUUUGUCAACUCUGAAAUGGAUCUUUGCCAGUAUCUGAUACCAGAUAUUCUACCCAAUGACAUGUAACCGAUCUAUACCAUAAUAGACAUCACUGAAGUACCUAAAGUUAAGCUAGAAGAGUAAAUAGUAUAAAAGUUAAGUAAAUUUCUGUUAUUUUUAAUAUUUUCAAUUAUGUCUAACAUUAAAUCUUUGGAAUAACAGUAGUAACAAUAAUAGUACUUAUUAAAAGUUCAUUCAAGUUCAUAUAUUAUGUUUUAAACACUUUUUAAAAAUAUGUUAUCUUAUGUAUGUGUUUUGCUUGCUGAUAAUUUAUGUAAAAUUAUACACAUACAUUGCUCUAAUUAGUCAACAAUGUUGAAAUUGUUGUACUACACUAAAUGAAGAUUGAUGUGAACUUAUAACUAGUGUAAAUGAGACAGAUGAAUGUUUUCUUUUUUUUUUUGUUAAGUUUAAUUACACACACAAUAAUUAUAUUUUUGGCUAUAUACAGUGUUAAUAUGUUAAUAAUACUUAGUUCUGUAUACUCUAUCUGUACAAUUUAGAUUAUACCUAGUCAGUUAGCUUUAUGUUAAAACUGAAAUUAUCCCUUGAGAUAUGUUUAAUAUUUUAUUAAUAACUAUUAUAUUAAUCACUUCAGCCUAUGGCAGUCCACUGCUGGACAUAGGCCUCCCCAAGUUCGUGCCAGACAUCAUAUUAAAGCUGACUUAUUAUUUUAGCCAAAGAAAUAAUUAUUUCUUGCCAUUGAAAUAUUUUUUAUUAGUUAUAUAUUAUCUAAUUCACUUCUGCAGAUUAAUGGCUUCCAUAAUUAUAUAUGAUAAUUUUGAUUAGUUAUUUGUUCUAAAAAUUUACUACACCUUGUAAAAGACUAAUAUUUGUAAUACAGUAUUUAGGUAUGUA